GUGCAAGUUAUUAUUGAACUCAUAGAAGAGUAAAAAACUAACCCGACCAAUCUAAUCUAACCCUAAAAAUACUCUAAUUAUGACUUGUAUAUGGACAUAAUUCUUUAGUAUAACACAAUUUGAAGUAAGCUGAACCCGACUUAACGGAACCCGACCUAUUUACUCAAAUUGACACCUAUUUACUAUGGACUACUACAGAACUACUCACUUCUCCCCCUCUAGCUAUCUCUGAGCUGAUUCAACUCUAUCAAUCUUCUUCAGUUCUUUUCCAACUGAAGCUGCUUCCUUCAUUCAGGAGUUCAGCUUAUUUGCACGGCGUAAUUUCCUGUCGUGCCUCUAUUGCAACCCAAUCUUUGGCCGAGUUCACCUCAAUCUGCCUCUAUAUCUAUCAAGGUUUACAUCAGCAAAAUCAAGUUGAUUGCGUCGUGGUAUUUGAUUGAGCAGGAUUAAAAGAAACUGAUGUACUUGAAAUCCAAUUUACCUGAUUUCUUUGAAUUGUAUAACCUCCUACAAGGGUAUAAUAUCUCUCGAUGUCACCUCCUCCAAAUUCAUGCCCGAAUUAUCUGUUUAGGUGCCCAUCAACAUAGUCAUAUAGCAACACGUCUUAUUGGGCGUUACUCAGUUCCAACUGCCCUGCGUGUGUUCGAACAGUUGCAAGCCCCAACAAUAUUUCCUUUCAAUGCCAUAAUCAGAAUCUUGUCUGAAGAAAAGAGCCAAUCGUCCCUUACUGUUUCUUUCUUUAAACGUUUGAAACGGCAGCCACUUUUUCCUAAUGAUUUUACUUUUUCUUUCCUCCUUAAAGCUUGCAUCCAUUCUGGCAAUGCGUGCUAUGUAAAUCAAUUCCAUACCCAGAUCAUGAAAACUGGUUUUCUGGGUAAUUCAGCGGUUUGCAAUGGCCUUGUUGCUGCAUAUGCAAAGGGUCUAAAAGACUUUAUAUCAGCUCACAAGGUGUUUGAUGAAAUGCCUGAGAAAAAUAUGGUGUUUUCCUGGACCUGUUUGAUUGAUGUUUAUGCUAAGUCUGGUCCAUCUGAGAAAGCUUUGCAGCUGUUUCUUUUGAUGGUUAAAGGAAACAUAACACCAGAGAAUGAAACCAUGGUCAGUGUUCUGUCUGCAUGUGCAAAGAUUGGUAUUGGUGAGUUGGAGAACUGGAUAGAGAAAUUUACGGAUACUGUAAAGGACUAUGGCCCUGUUAGCUCUACUGGUGACUCGAUCAACAUGGUGCUUACUUAUUUGUAUGGAAAAUGGGGUAAUGUGGACAAAAGCAAGGAAGCUUUUGAUAGAAUUGGUGAUAAUGGUAAAAGAAGUGUGGUAGCGUGGAAUGCUAUUAUUGGUGCCUAUGUUCAAAAUGGUUGUGCACUGGAGGCAUUGAGUCUUUUCAGGGUGAUGAUAGAUGAUCCUUAUGCAAGUCCAAACCAUGUUACUAUGGUAAGCGUCCUCUCUGCUUGCUCUCAAGUAGGUGAUAUUGAUCUUGGUAUUUGGGUCCAUGAGUACAUGAAGUCUCGACAACGGGAAAAUGUGCUGUGCACGAACUCAUUCUUAGCGACUGCUAUGGUUGACAUGUAUUGUAAAUGUGGUGAUCUGAGCAGAGCAAAAAAGGUUUUUCAGUCUUUGCUUUCAAAGGAUGUUAUAUCGUAUAGUGUCAUGAUUAUGGGUCUGGCUGUGAAUGGUGAAGGACAAGAAGCAUUAACCCUUUUUAAUGAAAUGUUGAACAGUGGAUUCCGUCCCAAUAGUGGAACAUUUCUUGGUAUUCUAUGUGCAUGUUGUCACUCAGGAUUGCUAGAGGUAGGGCGCCAAAUUUUUCAAGAUAUGAAAAUAAAAUUUUCUAUCUCCCCUCAAUUGGAACACUAUGCUUGUUAUAUUGACCUCCUGGCUCGAGUUGGUCAUAUUGAAGAAGCCCUUGACAUUGCCAAAUCAAUGCCCUUUAAACCUAAUAAUUUUGUGUGGGGUGCCUUGCUUGGAGGUUGCCUGCUUCAUUUUAAGGGAAAGCUUACUCAAGACAUGUCCCGAAAACUAAUUGAAGUUGAUCCACAAAAUUCUGCUGGCUAUGUCAUGCUAUCUAAUUCAUUGGCUCAUGAUCAUGAAUGGAGUGAAGUUUCAGGCCUAAGGCGGUUGAUGAAGGAGCAGGGGGUUAAAAAGCACCGUGGAUGUAGCUGGAUUUGCAUUGAUGGGCUUGUGCAUGAAUUUUUGGCUGGACCCUGUUCACAUCCUGAUGUUACAAGCAUCAAUGUCAUGUUGGGUUGGCUGUUGAAGGAAAUGAAAUUGCCGAGUUAGCUGAUACUUCAUGCUUUUCCGUAUUGAGAUGCUUGACAUAUGCCAUAAAAGUUGUGCAAUAUAUCCAACUAAUGUGGGAGAUGCAGAGAAAUGUGAGCUUCUCGAUUUCUUUCAGCAAUACCCUGAAACUGCAACCAUGAUAGUACUGUCAAUGAACUUGGAGAGAUGUAAACAAAGGGAGACUCUUUCAUUAAAUAAUCUAGCAUCUGUUUCCCUAAAAAAUUAAAAAAUAAAAAUAAAAAGAAAAAUAAAAAGAAAAAAAAGAUCUAGCAUCUAAAAUUUAUGCUUACAAGUUACAGCACUUUGCUCAUUUUUUAUGACAUAGUGAUACAUUGAAGCAUUUUUCUACCUAUUGCCAUUGUCUUGUUAUUCUGUAGGACCUAGGGGCAGAUAUUUUCUAUACAUAUUAUUAUGUUGUUGACUUUAGUCUAAUCCUAGUGCUGUUACACAUACUUAUUGGGGAUGGAUCUGAAUAGUUGCUUGGAUUUGAGCUACAUGAAUUUGUCAUGCUGGUGUAUUGUUUGAAUUGUGCAAUUUUAUUAAAAAGAGAAAACAGAAAGAGCCAUUCAAAUAAGGGAAGGGUGAGGAUUUGCUGGCUCCUUUACUAACCAUACUUCUUGAAUCGACCAAGUAAUCAGCAACAGCACUAUAUGGUUGUAUCACAUUUAUGCUUCUGACAUAAUUAUCAGGCUGUAUUGCAGAGUUUUGUGCUGUGAUGUAUGACAUAUGUUAUGCGACCUUCUGUGAGGGUGUUAGUUGGGCCAUAUUGUCAAUUGUAUAUAAGGACUUGAAUGCUUGGAACAUAUAUCAUAUAUGUAUAUUGUCCAUGCAAAUCAAGGUUGGGGUUUUUUUGCAUAUCCCAGACUGCUCCACUGUAGUUACUUGUUAGUUAAUGAUGCAGCUAUUGUAUCUUCUAGGGUUUUUCAAUAAGCUAUCUGCUAACCUUCAGAUGCUCCAUUGUAAUUAGUUGUUGCAGCUAUUGCAUCUUCUAGGGAUUGUCAAUAAGCUAUCUUCUAACCUGUAACGAACUUGAACCAAACCUUUAUAGUAUUUUUACUUUAGAGUCUGAAGUAUUAGUGAAUAAUAGUGUGGUUGGAUUACUAUAUAUUGUCCUAGCAGUUAGACAUGCAAGGACAGCCAAAUAGCCAAUUUUGGGAACAUUGGUGCUUAUAUUCCACCUGUUAAAAGUGCUUAUAGAGGUGUGGCUUGAAAUUCUUAUUUAAUCAUGGAGGGUGUAGAGAAGGCUUAAGUGGUCAAUACCUGUUAACAUGGCUCAAGUAUUCUUAUAUACUCCUAUUUUCAAUAGUGGUGAAGUAUCUGAUUCUGAUGCUUGUUAGUAAUUCACACACUAUAGCUAUGGACGUUCCUUACAUUUUGGAGCUUUUGAGAUAUUUGCUCUGGCAUUUACCUUUCUGGUUUUCAUGUGUUUUACUGUGACAAGUUUUUAAUUGUGACAGACUUUGCAACGUAAGUUUCAUGUGUCUGACAUAUACUAAUUUUUAGCGGCUUGACCGCUGUUAGCUAAUCUAAUAGUGCUCUGUUAUUUUGUGCAUGGUUAUUCCCUUCCUCUUUUUAAUUUUCUUCCCUGGAUUAUCACAAUCUGUAGUGCAGGUGACAGAACUAUAAACUUUUUACUAAACAUAAGAGGCUUUCGUUCUUAUCAAUUUUUGGUACCCUUGCAAGUUACAACAGUCCUAGAAGAAGUGUUUUAGUUUGCAUCCUAGGUCUUUUACUCUUUUAAGAAAAAUACCACUGGAGCUUUGGCUGUAGCAACAAUUAAGACUGCUGCAUUUUUUGAAAGAAUAUGACUAAUGUGAUUUCCAAUUUCAGUCACUUGUAGGCUUGUAGCGAGUUAUAGACUCAUUUGGCCUUUAUCCUGGAAUUGUUGCAUUCAAGCUAGCUUUCUGUCAUUUGUAUCUUGAUUCUAAUCAUUCUGUAUCUUACCGAGGUCAGAGUUUAUGGCUCAUUCUAUGUUAUGAUUUUCUUGUGUGGCACUCACCUUUCUCUAUCUUCACAAAUUGGAUUUUCAAUUUGGUUAGUGUAAGACUCUAUCCACCCUAUGAACAUCUAUAUUGCCUAAAUGAAACUAUUCAAGCGUUUUGCUGUUUUUGCAGAUUGAACUGAUUCUGUCAGUCUUGUCAGCUGUUCUCAAGUUUUAACCGGAGGAACAAUGUGGAAUGGCAAGGACCAACUUACUGAUCAAUCCUCCAUAUCAAAUGAGGUGUGUAUCACAGCGCAAGGAAGUUGAACUGCUGUGAAGGUCUUCUCGCCUCUUUGGUGUGGUCAAUAAGGGCCAGAGACCCCCUCAAUUCUCCUUAAUGAGGAGGAUUAUUGCAAGAUAAACAUAUAUACUUGAAUCAUAUACUAAUGUGGCCCAGACCUGUAUAAAACUAUAAAUUGGUUCAAAUUUGUAUCACGAAUCAGAUAUAUAAGUGAAAUUAUAAUUUAAUCUUGAUCUUUUGAAAUCUCGUGGUCUCUUUUCCUGCUAUUCUGAGAAAUUUGGUGUAACUAAACCCAGAAUUUGCCAAAUUCGUCAAAUCUGAGUAAUUGUUAUUUCCUUAUGGUCCAAUUAGGGC